AUGCCAAGUUCACGGUCGGACGCUGGGAAUUGUGCCAACUAUUACAACAAAGGAGUUGGGACAAGAUGCGUCAAAGCAAGUUGCGAAAACGAGGUCAACUCACUUCACGAAAUUGCGUCUGCGGCACCAGAACAGUGGAGCUUUCGAAACUUUGCUAAGAAGCUGAUUCGGAUCCAAUUUUUACGCAUCGACUCCAGAGCAAUCCGAGCACUGAUGGAGAAGAAGGACGAAAUAGGAAGGGGUAAAACAAAUGAUUGUACCCGAGAUUGGGAUCUACACAAAAGUGAGGGACAGAAAAAUGAACACUUGCAAAUGCCCUGA